CGAGAAGAAGCGCAUUGGCCCGACAGCAUCAUGCUCACGUCGCCCACAUAUACCGCCAUGCACCUUCACGCUGUUCCCUUCCACCGCCACUUUGUCACUAUACUACUCUAGUCUCGCCCACCCCUCGCCGCUCCUAUGGAGCAGUCGAUGAUGCCGGCAACCCCUUCCUUGCAGGAUGACAAGGACCCUCUCGCACUCGAAGCCGUAGAACAACCAGCUGCUGCGAGGCGUAAUCUUGGCUUCUGGAUGGUCUUCGUGGGCAAUCUGCUAGUGGACAUGCCCUCAGCCCUCGAUCUGACUGCUGUAUCCACCGCACUGCCCACCAUCGUCGACCACCUUCAUGGCUCGGACUUCAUCUGGGCCAGCAGCGCCUAUGCCAUCGCUUCUACCGCGAUCCUGCCCAUCGUAGGUGGCUUCGUCUCCGUCUUUGGACGCAAGCCGGCCAUUGUCGCAUUCAUUAUCUUCUUCGCCAUUGGCUCGGCACUAUGCGGCGCAGCUCAGAACAUGACUAUGUUUAUUGCGGGAAGAGCUGUCCAGGGUCUUGGUGGCGGUGGUUGUAUUGCCGUCACAGAGAUCAUAUACGCAGACCUCAUUCCCCUACCGGAGCGAGGCAAGUUCUACGGCAUCACCGCAUCUGUCUGGGCACUAGCAAGUGCCGUUGGUCCGCCCAUCGGCGGAGCCUUCGCGGGUUCUGGCAUUUGGCGCUGGCUCUUCUUCCUCAAUCUGCCCAUUUGCGGCGUCUCGCUGGUGCUCGUCGUGAGCUUCCUCAACGUGCGCACGCCACGGGACAGCUUCCGGGCCAAGAUAGCGAGCAUGGACUGGAUCGGGAUCUUUAUCAUUAUUGCGAGCACUCUAAUGGUCAUGAUCGCACUUACACAGGCGGGGGUCCAGUAUCCAUGGACAUCUGCUCGUGUGCUUGCGCCACUGUGCUUUGGCGCCGUCGGUCUUGUGCUCUUCUUCAUAGUGGAGUCCUUCUGGAUCAAGAAUCCCACGGUGCCGCGUUUCAUAAUCACGAACAGGACAACCCUCAGCGGGUAUCUAGGCACAUUCUUCCACGGUAUCGUGUCGAUAGCAGCCAUCUAUUACCUCCCCGUCUAUUUCCAAGCGUGCAAGGGUGCCUCGCCCAUAGGCUCCGGCGUCGACCUCUUCGGCAUCGCCUUCACCAUCGCGCCAUUCGCCAUCAUGAUGGGCGUGUCCGCAGAGGUCUUCCGGCGCUACCGCCCGCAGAACUACACCGGCUGGGUGAUCACCAUCGUCGGCUUCGCGCUGCUCUCGACGCUGCGCGCGGACAGCUCGCGCGCGCAGUACGUCGCCUUCCAGGUCGUCGUCGGCGUCGGGCUGGGCAUGAUCUGGAUCGGCACGCAGUUCCCGAUCCUCGCGCCGCUCCCGUUCUCGAACAACGCGCGCGCGCUCGCGUUCUUCACGUUCGUGCGCGCGUUUGCGUGGGGCUGGGGCACCGUCGUCGGCGGCACGGUCCUGCAGGACACGCUGCGCGCGCGCCUGCCCGCGGCGCUGCUCGCGGACGUGCCGGCGGGCGCGCAGCUCGCGUACGCGCUCAUCCCGGCGGUCGCGGGCCUCGAGGAGCCCCUGCGCGGCGAGGUGCGCGCGGCGUUUGCGGAGAGCACCGCGCGCAUCUGGCGCGUCAUGAUCGGCAUGUCGGGCGCGGGGCUGCUGACGUGCUUCCUCAUGCAGGAGGUCCCGAUGCGGCGCGCCUUGGACGAGCAGUGGGGUCUGACAAACAUAAGCCAGCCCGCGGAGGGCGGGGGCGAGGCGGUGGCUACCCCUGGUGCAGCGACGCAGGCGGGAGCCUGACGCGCUGUGAGCGCAAGCGCGACUCUUCAAGUCUCAGGCGUCAGAGUGCUCGAUGGACGCUAGGAUGUCACUACGUGGACACAUGCUGUGAUAUUGUUGGAUUUCGCCAUGAAUUGCAAUGUGUCAGAACGUCACUGCUGUAAAGAUGCCUGCUCUCGACGCCGCGUUCGCUGAUGAUAGCAUCUACCGACGACGCGACCUUGCGUAUCGCAUGCCCAUGAGCCAAAUUGUUGUAUCGGAAGCACAGCCGGAGGUCCAAGGCCUGUACGUUCGGAGACGCUUUGGCGCAGACAUCGUUGAACAAUCUACUAUCCCGAGAAAACUCCGCAAGUCUUGUACUGAGAGGUCUUUGACAUGAUAUAAAUCAUGUUAUCAACUGCGUC